UGGCCAUGGCCGCGGUGCCGACGGCGCCCGCUCCCCUACGAUACCCGGGCCCCCGCCGCUGUCGCCUCAGCCGCCGCAACCUCUGAGCCCCAGGGGCCGCCGCCGCCGCUACCCGCCCGCCCGGAUCCCGCCCGCCGCCGCCCCUCACCAUGCUACCUGCGGCCGCCCCGGCGAGGCCGCUCGCUGCUCCUGGAACCGUCGCUCGCGGUGUUGACAGCCACCCUCGCGGAGCCGCCGCGGUUCAGGGCUCGGACAAUUUGAAAGUACAAUAGUUGGUUUCCCUGCACCCGACCCGCUUCGUUUGCCAUCCCAGCGAGCCUAUCGGAUCUGAGUGGAGAAGUUGUCUGCUGCUUGGGUUCUCCCUCUCUAUACGCCUAACACCUACCUAUAUUUCUAAAACAUUUAAUUAUAUUAAUUAUAGAAAAAGGAGAAAAGGAAGGGAAACAUUACUGGGUUACUAUGCACUUGCGACUGAUUUCUUGGUUUUUUAUCAUUUUGAACUUUAUGGAAUACAUCGGCAGCCAAAACGCCUCCCGGGGAAGGCGCCAGCGAAGAAGUGAUCCCCAAGGACAACGGUGCAGGAAGCUGCCCGGUGAUGCUGCCCCAAGGCUGCAGGGACCAGAGGGAUGGCGCACCUUUCGGUGCAUACUCCAGAGAAAUCACAGUCAAAAGGCGAACUGCUUUUCGACCUGCCUGAAUCGUCUCAAGGCCAAGUCGGAGGCGUCCUCUGGGGAGGGAGUGAUGCAUCCUAACGUCAGUCAAGGCUGUCAAGGAGGCUGUGCAACAUGUUCAGAUUACAAUGGAUGUUUGUCAUGUAAGCCCAGACUAUUUUUUGUUCUGGAAAGAAUUGGCAUGAAGCAGAUUGGAGUGUGUCUCUCUUCAUGUCCAAGUGGAUAUUAUGGAACUCGAUAUCCAGAUAUAAAUAAGUGUACAAAAUGCAAAGCUGACUGUGAUACCUGCUUCAACAAAAAUUUCUGCACAAAGUGUAAAAGUGGAUUUUACUUACACCUUGGAAAGUGCCUUGACAAUUGCCCAGAAGGGUUGGAAGCCAACAACCAUACCAUGGAGUGCGUCAGUAUUGUGCACUGUGAGGCCAGUGAAUGGAGUCCUUGGAGUCCAUGCAUGAAGAAAGGAAAAACAUGUGGUUUCAAAAGAGGGACUGAAACACGGGUCCGAGAAAUAACACAGCAUCCAUCAGCAAAGGGUAACCUGUGUCCCCCCACCAGUGAGACAAGAAAGUGUACAGUGCAAAGAAAGAAGUGUCAGAAGGGAGAACGAGGAAAAAAAGGAAGGGAGAGGAAAAGAAAAAAACCUAGUAAAGAAGAAAGUAAGGACGCAAUACCUGAUAACAAAGGUCUGGAACCCAGCAGAGAAACUCCAGAACAACGAGAAAACAAAGACAAACAGCAGCAGAAGAAGCGAAAGGUCCAAGAUAAACCACAGAAAUCGGUAUCGGUCAGCACUGUACAUUAAAGGGUCCCAUGAGAUCGUUGGAAACUCAUGAUGCUGCUAUCUCAACCAGAUGCCCAGGACAGGUGCUCUAGCCAUUAGGACCACAAAUGGACAACGUGUCAGUUACUGCUCAGUCUCAACAACAUUCCAAAUAGUUGCUAUAUUCUUCAUACAAGCAUAGUUAACAACAAAGAGCCAAAAGUUCAAAGAAGGGAUUUUUUCAAAGGGUUAUCUUACAUGCUUCUGUGCAUUUCUAAGAGACAAGAAAUUUUGUACAUACUUAUCAAUAGGCUAUAAGACGUAACAACAUAAUGAUGACAUCUGGAGAAGCAACAUCUUUUCCCUAUAAAAAUAAUUUUUCAAGCUAUUGCUUUAAGAAGCGAAAGAUAGUUCUGCAAAUUCAAAGAUGCAGUAUCCCUUCAAAGUAAGUAAGAGACCAGGGAAGAGAAACAUCUUUCAAAGAACAGUGUUGUUUUGUCCAGGAGAUCUAGAGAGUGCUCAGAUCCUAGGGCCUGGCAUUUGGAAUCAUAGGAAUUAUCACCACAGAAAAGACUGUUUUCAGAUCGGUUCUAUUGCCCUCACCCUGUCCUUCCGCAAGAAACAUGAGCGUGUACACCAGAAUUAAGCAUACUGUAUGGGAUUGGAGAAAGGCGAAAUGUGGAAGAAACCAUAGCGUUGGAGAUGACUUCUGUGCUUUACGAAACUGUGAAGGGUUGUGACUACCUGGAACAGGUCUCCAAUCGAUGUCAGCACUGUGUGGUUCAGCCUCUGCUGCCCCUUGGGUUAUAUAAGUCUGUAAACGUGCACCUGUAACUUCCAAAAGCAAAAUCAGAAGAAAAUUCUGAUUUCAUAGAAAAACAAAAACUAGAGCAAGGAGAAUAGAACAUGUUUGCAAAGUCAUGUGUUUUCUGAGGGAAAAACAAUUUUAUUACCUGCUUAAUGGUCCACCUGAAACUAAAAGGGAUACUACUUUCUAACAAGGUGUAUCUAGUAGGGGGGAAAGCCACCACAAUAAAUAUAUUUGUUGAUAGUU